AUGUCCACCGCGGCCAGAAAGCGCCUGGUGAGGGACUACAAGAGGCUGCAGCAGGAUCCGCCUCAGGGGGUGAAUGGUUCGCCCAACCCUGACAACAUGAUGUCCUGGGAGGCCGUGAUUUUUGGGCCGGAGGACACACCCUGGGACGGAGGGACGUUCAAGCUCACCAUGGAAUUCUCAGAGGAGUAUCCCAACAAGCCCCCCACGGUGAAGUUCAAGUCGAAAAUGUUCCAUCCCAACAUCUACAACGAUGGGAGCAUCUGUCUGGACAUCUUGCAGAACCAGUGGAGCCCAAUCUACGACGUCAGCGCGGUACUGACCUCAAUUCAGUCACUGCUGUGUGACCCCAACCCGAACUCUCCAGCGAACUCUGAUGCUGCCAGUCUCUACAGUGAGAGCAGGCGAGAAUACAACAAGAGGGUCCAGGAGGUGGUUGAAGCCAGCUGGAAGGAGACUGAAGAUGAGUAG